GCCUUCCCUCCCCCGCUGCUUCGCUUGCAUCUGCUCGGCUUGAUCAAUCCGUCGCCAUGCAGGCUCUGCCCGAAGAUUCGACUGCCCUUGCUGCAAGCGUUCCUCUGCCCCGCACGCCCACAUCGCCAAGCCAUCCCUUCUGCGACGAUGCUGCACUCUCCUCACCCGGCAAUCCCGGACAACCGCUGGCCAACAAUGCCGAAUCCGGCCCUAUCGACGACGCUGCACACUCUCGGCCCAACAACUCAGCUACUAUCCCACUGGGUACGCCCGAGCCUGCUCCCUCUCACUCGCAACCCCCGCCUGGUCCUGUCUUCGAGGGCAAUCUGAACGCCAAAGAGCUGCCCAAGCCGCCCGCACCCGAGCCCGGCAUGCAGCCCCCUGACGACUCGGCCGAGACCGAGUACCAUCUCAAGCCCAUCCGCUGGUUCUCCGUCCUCACCGGCAAUCCCAAGCCGCUGCGAAUCAUCACGCAGAACCGAAACGGCCCCUGUCCUUUGUUGGCAUUGUCAAAUGUGCUUUUGCUGCGGGGCGCCAUCAAAAUCCACCCGGACCUCCCGUCAAUCACCUACCAGCACCUCGUCGAUCUCAUUGGCGACUAUAUGCUGACAAGGAUGGCGGCGAACGAGCAGAACCUCCGUCUCUCGAAUCUACCCGAGGACCUGGCCAACUUCUCCCACAACCUGCAGGAUGUCAUGAACACCAUCCCCUUGCUCCAGCGCGGCCUCGACGUCAACGUCAAGUUCGACUCGCCAUAUUCGUUCGAGCUGACUCCGGCGUUGCUGCUAUUUGACAUCUUUGGUGUGUCGCUCUGCCAUGGCUGGACAAUCUCUUCGAGCGACAGCACCUUUUACGACAUUGUUGUUCGCGAGCUGGGCUGCUACAACAAGGUUGUCGAGAAAGUCAUCGAGGCCGAUAUUGCUUCCACCAACCCGCUGCUGGCCCAAGAUCCCAAGCUCCAGGAGAUUGCUCAUAAAGGUUUCGUCUGCCAACAGUUCCUCGAAAUGAGCGCAUCGCAGCUCACCCCUCACGGACUGAGGCUGCUGCAGGAGACACUCCCGUCAAAUUCCAUCUCGGUGUUGUUCCGCAACAACCAUUUUUACACUCUCUACAAGGACGAUCGAUCCCAGCUCUUCACGCUCGUCACGGACCAGGGCUUCUUGCGCACCGAAGGCGUCGUCUGGGAAUCGCUCGCAAGUGUCGAUGGCGACUCCAUCUUUUUGGACGACCAAUUCCGCCCGUACCAAGAGAUCAGCCAGUCCUCGAUCGACCAGGAGCGCUUGUUCGACUACGGAGAGUCAAACUGGGAGCAUGGCCCGGCGACGACAACCCAUGAUUCUGACCUGGCACUCGCUCUGCGGCUCCAAGAAGAAGAGCGUGUCCAAGCCGAAGCCAUUAGGCUCCGCAACCAGCAGAUCCAAGCGUCCAUGCAUAUGCAACCUGGCGACCAGCAUUAUGAGCAGUACCCUGGUUAUGCCAGCAACCAGCAGGAACAGACAAACCAGGGCCGCCUUCACCCAGAGCAAAGGCCAAAGAGACAGGACUCGCAGGGCGACUCCAAGUGCAUGAUCAUGUAGCCAGCAAAGAGCAGCGCCGACGAAACCCAUCAAUAAAGACACAACCCACCAAUACACUUUAUUCAGAAAAAAACGGGACAAUAUAGCCGUUUCCAUGAACAUGUAGUAUGUGCUGUGCUUGCGUCAAGCAAAGCCACAA